AUGGGGAAAUUAAAAAUUUUGGUCCCUUGCUUGUGCUGGAGGAGCGUGGGAGCUGUUAACCAGCCGAACAAGCGGCGUUCUCGAGGCGCCGUGCCGUGCGAUCAGAUACCUGAAAGGAGGUGUCCCGAGUUGUCAACUCCUCAGGAGCCCGUACGGAAGUUGCAGAAGCCUGAGGAUUGUGGAAUUGCGCAAUCUACCACUGAACUCGAAUCGCCGGAGCAGCAAGCCGGGGCUAGGAUUGUUGCGGAGAAAGGGGCGAACGAACGACCCCUAAAUGCUUUAGCCGAUGCCAAGAAGGGUACGCCAGAUGAUGGGAAUAGCGACCUGCCUUUAGCCGUUUCGUCGUCGACGAAUAAGAAAAAAGAAGAAGGAGAAGUUGAGCACCCCGAGCCACUUGGCAGAAAUUUCAUCGACUCACACACGCCGGUCUUGGGGGAAAGGCUGAAACAUCAGGAAGAAGGCCGCAACACAUCUCAAGAGACAGUGCCAGGAAAUGAUAGCAGAGUUACCUCCUCCCCAAUUUCCUUCAUGUGCCUGACUUCCGCCAGUGGUUUAGAAGAGGACCAUCGAACAGUCGAUUCUAUCCCUUCUGUUCCCGGGGCUCAACAAAAAGAAAAGGAGAUAGCAAACAAAAAGGAUCAACAAGCGGAAACAUGCUGCUCCUCCACUGGACAGACAGUGGGCUUGGGUACGGAACCAAAUUGUGAAGAUCAUCAAACAAUUUCUCCGACACUUGCCUUCAAGGGAACCCAGAGAGAUAAUGAUGAAACGCACCUCGCAAAUGCAGCAAACGCAAUACGGAAGGAACAUAAUGCGGACAUACGCCUGUCCACUGACUACAUAGUGGAUCAGGAAGCGCGGCCAAAUACAGCAUUUGCUGAAUCCUUGGGCGACAGGAAAGAACCAAAGGCAAAUUCCAGAAAAAAGAAAAGGAAGUCUUGUCGGAAUAAGACUAGCCAAAUUCACAACGAAGUGGAACCAAGGAAUAUUGCUGGCACAGGCAGGGAGCCUGUCGCAGCCGCAGACAGCGCUGUGGCUGAUGGUGAUCCUUUGGAUCAUGGUUUACUGAGUAAGGAGCCAGCAGGGGAGUCGCUGAGUCCUCAAGAUCCAAGCAAGCAAACGGAUGAUGCAAAAUCUGUGCGAAAACAUAGGAAGAAGAAGAUGAGCAAGGCGAAGGGAAAGAGGCGGCAUGGGAGAACGGGCAGACGCUAA